AUGAUUUUUGCUCCAAUAGUAGGCGUGAACCACCAUGGGCAAACCAUUGUUUUUGGAUGUGCAUUUUUGAGUGAUGAGACUUUUGAUUCGUUUGUUUGGUUGUUGAACACAUGGCUUGCAGCAAUGCCUAAAGGUGCCCCGAAUGUUAUUAUCACCGAUCAAGAUCAAGCAAUGACUAAGGCAAUUGCUCAUGUUUUGCCAAACACACUUCAUAGGUACUGUGUGUGGCAUAUUUUGAAGAAAUUCCCAGAGAAGACUAGUGUAGUGUUUAUGCAAAAUUACUAUAAAUCUCUCAAGACAUGCAUAUGGGAUUCAGAAUGUCCAGAAGAAUUUGAGAAUAGAUGGCUUGCAGAAUUGGAAAAGAGUCAACAGACAAAUAAUCCAUGGCUGGAAAAGAUGUAUGAGUUGCGUGACAGGUGGAUUCCAGCAUAUGUAAAUAAAUAUUUUUCAGCAGGGAUGUCAAGCAGCCAAAGAGUAGAAUCUGCUCAUGCAUUCUUCAAGCGUUAUUGUGACAAUGAAAACACUUUGAUGGAUUUUGUCACUCGUUUCAGUAGGGCACUUGCUCAUCAGAGACAUGAAGAAUUAAUUGAAGACCAUAGAGAUUUGAAUGAGACACCUAAUUUAAAAUUAGGGAUGCCGAUGGAGGUCCAAAUGGCUCAUCUGUAUACCAAAAAGUACUUCCAGUACUUUCAAGCUCAGCUUUAUGAUGGUAAUAGUUAUAUCAUAGAAUCUGAAAUGGAAGAUGACAGUCAUGGUGUUUACAAGACUAAAAGAGUGUUUGCUCGAAACCUUAGGAUGCGGACACUUAUACAUGAUAAGGUAUCAAACAUAGUGACAUGCAGUUGCAGAAUGUUUGAAUUUGAAGGUAUUCCUUGCAGACAUGUUUUGGCUUUCCUACGAGUGAAACAGAUUAUGGAAUUGCCAAAAGAAUAUAUUUUGCGAAGAUGGACAAGGUAUUCAAGAAUUCGUAAGGAGAGGUGUCAAAGGCAAGAUGGUGCAGACAAUUCAUUAAUAAUGAGACACAAUGGUAUGUUCAAAAUUGCUUCCAGUCUAAUUGAUGAGGCUGCGAUUUCACCUGAGGGGACUGAACUUGUGAAAAAAGCAUUUGAAGGACUUAUGGAGCAAAUUAAGAAAUUAAAUCUUUCAGCUGAGCAAUCUUCUACCAACAAUUCUACAAUUGGAUCCUAUGAAGAAAAUCGUUUCCUAGAUCCUUCUCAAGUGAAGACUAAAGCUUAUUUAGUUAAUAUAUAUUUUCUGUUUGCUAGGUCAAAGGUUGUAGAAGAUGAUGUCGACAAGGCAUCGGGUGAACAAGAUUACUUGGGUGAUGAGCUAUAA